AUGGACCCCUUUGCCCCAAUCGAUCAGAAUGAGAAACGUUACGUCUCAUCAGACGUUCCAAGGAGGAUCAAACAUAUUCAAUUUCAGCCUUUCACCCCUAAAGAUAUAGUCCGUAUUUCUGAAGUGCAAGUGAACCAUCCGGAUCUGUAUCAGAUCUCUGAGAAUGGAGAUAAGGGGACUUCCCCACAUGGGCCAUUAGAUGGUCGAAUGGGUCCAAACGAAAAAGGAAAGAAGUGUUUGACAUGUGGUGAAGAAGCUGCCAAAUGUGUUGGGCAUUAUGGAUACGUUAAAUUAGCAUUACCAGUAUUUCAUAUUGGAUAUUUCCGACCUACCAUCAACAUGUUGUCUUGUAUAUGUAAAACCUGUGCAAGAGUCCUUUUACCUCAGAAUGAACGAGCUACCUACCUCAAGAGAUUCAGAAGGCCAGGAUUAGAAUCACUCCAGCGGCAAUCGGCAUCUAAAGCAGUCUUAGCAUCAUGUAAGAAAAGGAAUAUAUGUGGUUAUUGCGGUGCGGCCAAUGGAGUAGUCAAAAAAUCAGGUCCGAUGAAAAUCAGUCAUGAACCCUAUCGAGCGAAUAAGAUGGCAGCCUUGAAAGAAGAAUGGAUGGGUACCUUCAAGACUGCCGUAGCUGAUAAUUCAGCUGUGGCUACACAUCUGAAUAAAGCGGUGGAAGAUCUCAAUCCGUUGAAAGUGCUGGAUCUGUUUAAAAGGGUAACAGCUGAGGAUUGUGAAUUACUUUCGUUACAUCCAGAUAUAGGUAGACCAGAAGACUACAUCUGGCAAUAUAUCUCAGUACCGCCACCAUGUAUCAGACCUUCAGUAGCUUCAGAAGCGGGAAAUAACGAAGAUGACUUGACUCAGAAAUUAUCGGAAAUAGUAAAUAUCAACAACAAUCUGUCUUUGAUGAUGGACAAAGGUCAAGGUAUCGAAACAAUCAUGACCAAUUGGGAAGCCUUAGGUCAAUCGAUCGCACUAUACAUCAACUCCCAAGCGCCAGGUAUGCAAGCCAUGGCAGCAAAGCCUAUAAGAGGUUUCGUACAGCGGUUGAAAGGUAAACAAGGUCGGUUUAGAGGAAAUUUAUCUGGUAAACGUGUGGAUUUCUCGGGUCGUACGGUUAUUGGACCUGAUCCAAAUUUGAGGAUCGACGAGGUUGCUGUUCCUGAAAAAGUCGCUGUCAAAUUAUCAUACCCAGAACGAGUUACCGAUUACAACAAGGCAGCUAUGCAGGAUGCUAUAGUCAACGGGUCCAGAUUACACCCCGGUGCCAACAUCAUAGAAAGGCGAGGGGAUAAUGGUCAACCACCGAUGAGAAUCGCAUUACAUGUGAUGAAAGAUAAGGAAGCUAGGAAGAGAUGGGCAAGGGAUUUACAGAUCGGUGAUAUCGUUCAUCGACACGUACGAGAUGGAGACAUCGUCCUGUUCAAUCGACAGCCGAGUUUGCAUAAGUUGUCCAUUAUGUGCCACAGAGUACGAGUGCGGCCCUGGCGGACGUUCCGAUUGAACGAGUGUGUGUGUAACCCCUAUAACGCCGAUUUCGAUGGUGAUGAGAUGAACUUGCACGUACCUCAAACCGAAGAAGCGCGUACAGAAGCUUUAGAAUUGAUGUCAGUAAAGAAAAACUUGGUAACACCGCGUAAUGGAGAACCCAUCAUUGCUGCCAUUCAAGAUUUCAUUACUGCCUCAUACCUUCUAUCCCGUCGAGACCGAUUUUUCGAUCGACAGCAGUUCGCUCAGAUAGCUUCUUACCUUGGUGACGCCAACCUACCAAUAGAAUUACCUCCACCAGUCAUAUGGAAACCUGUCAGACUAUGGACUGGUAAACAGAUAUUCAACCUUCUCAUGAAACCCAACAAAUCGUCUAAUGUCUUGGUCAACUUGGAAGCCAAAUGUCGUACAUUAGUCGAUCCAGACAAAUCAGAUCGAUUCCCACCUGACAUGUCACCCAACGAUGGAUACUUGGUUAUCCAAAAUAGUGAAAUCAUGUGUGGUGUAUUCGACAAAAACACUGUAGGAGACGGAAAGAAGAAUUCAGUAUUCGGAGUUAUACUACGAGAUUAUGGACCUGAAGAAGCUGCCAAAGCGAUGAACCGACUAGCAAAACUCUCAGCGAGGUUCUUGGCAAAUAUCGGGUUUUCAUUGGGUAUAAACGAUGUUAUACCUGGACCUGUGUUGUUCGAAUCGAAAGAUGCCAAAGUAGAAAAAGCCUAUGAAGAUUGCGAUGGUUUCAUAGAUCUGGCUAAGAAAGGUAAAUUGGAAAAUGCCCCUGGAUGUGAUCAAGAAGCUACGUUGGAACAGAAAAUCUCCGGUACCUUAUCAGCUGUCAGAGAAGCUGUAGGUAAGAUCUGUAUGCAGGAAUUAAGUAGACAUAACGCCCCUCUUAUCAUGGCCACCUGUGGUUCUAAGGGUUCCGUCAUCAACGUCGCUCAGAUGGUAGCGUGUGUAGGACAACAAAUUAUUGCUGGUUCGCGUGUACCCAACGGUUUCCAAGAUCGAUCAUUACCUCAUUUCAAGAAGAAAUCCAAGAAUCCACCUUCCAAAGGAUUCGUGAGGAAUUCUUUCUUUUCGGGUCUUACACCCACGGAAUUCUUGUUCCACGCUAUCUCAGGUAGAGAAGGUCUGGUCGAUACUGCGGUUAAGACUGCUGAAACCGGUUAUAUGGCCCGAAGACUUAUGAAAGCCUUGGAAGACUUGUGUACCCAUUAUGAUUUGAGUGUGAGGAAUAGUGUGGGAGGUAUCGUCCAAUUCCAAUAUGGUGAUGAUAUGUUGGAUCCGGCUUGUUUGGAAGGUGAUGCGACGCCUGUGGAAUAUGUUAGAAGUUGGACCCAUGCUUGUAGAACCGCCGAUAGAUCCGGAAAAGCAUUGUUACCAUAUGAAGUCCGAGAAAUCGCCCAGAGGAUAUAUCCCGAAUCCAUUGUCCCGCCCUCACCUCAACCGCAGAAACGAGGAUGUCACGAGAAAUAUCGAGAGACCACAUACAACUUCAUCAUCGAUAAGAUCGUCAAGACUAUGGUGAAUCAACGAGUAGCCAGAGGUCUACCGGACGCAGAUGACAAAGCCAUGGCGGAAGAGUAUGAAGAUCUAUUGGUUUCUCACGAUCCGGCCGUUAGACAGGUACUGGAAAAUGCCAAUAAAGUUACGGAAUCUCAGCUGAAUUCGUUCCUCGAAAACUGCCGGAUCAGAUAUCUCAGAGCGAAGAUCGAACCUGGUUCGACGGUCGGUGCUGUCGGUGCUCAAUCGAUUGGUGAACCUGGUACGCAAAUGACUUUGAAGACUUUCCAUUUUGCUGGUGUUGCCUCGAUGAACGUAACGUUGGGUGUACCCCGUAUCAAAGAGAUUAUCAAUGCUGCCAAAGUCAUAUCCACACCGAUCAUCACGGCAGAAAUGAAUAUACCGGAAAGUGAAACUGCCGCUAGGAUAGUGAAAGGUAGAAUCGAGAGGACAGUCUUGGGUGAUAUAGCCUCGUGUAUCGAGGAAAGUUGGACAAACGCGAACGCUUAUAUCGAGAUUCAUAUCGAUAUGAAAGCUGUCAGAAGGUUGCAGCUGGAAGUGACGUUAGAGUCAAUCAAGUGGUCUUUGGUCGCCGCACCGAAACUGAAAAUACCUGAAGGAUCGAUUCACAUCUCUGAGAAGACUUCCAGAAUCAGAUUAUGGAUUGAUGAACCUCCCAAAGAUAAGGAGAAAGUUGUGGGAGGUAUUUAUGAGAGAUUGAAGUUCCUCAAGAGAGCUAUUGCGGAUGUGCAAGUCAAGGGUUUACCCUCGGUCGACAGAGGUGUGGUCACCAAGGACGAGAAGAACGAUAAGAUCCAUAGAUUGUUGGUUACUGGUUAUGGUCUGAGCGAGGUGAUGGGUACGGAGGGUGUCGAUGGUUUGAAAACCAAGACCAACCACGUUAUGGAAACUCAAAAAGUAUUAGGUAUCGAAGCUGCCCGUUCGACCAUCUACAACGAGAUCCAACAUACCAUGAAAUCACACGGAAUGUCAAUUGAUCCCCGACAUGUCAUGUUGUUGGGUGACGUGAUGACUUAUAAAGGUGAAGUGUUGGGUAUAACGAGAUUCGGUGUUCAGAAGAUGAAAGAUUCGGUCUUGAUGUUGGCGAGUUUCGAAAAGACUACUGAUCAUUUGUUCGACGCAUCGUUAUUCUCAAAGAAAGAUGAGAUUCAAGGUGUAUCAGAGUGUAUCAUCAUGGGUACACCUGCACCAGGAUGUGGUACUUCCCUUGCAUCAAUUGUGACUCCUGCACCAUUAUUACCAAGGAAGAAACCAUUAUUAUUCGAAUCAGCCUAUAAAGCAGGUCAAGAUAGGAUGAAAUCUUAUAAUACCGUACUUGACGGUAUGAACAUGAACGCGAAUUACAAUGGUGCUUUGGGUGGAAUGGGAAUGGGCAUGGGAAUGGAAGUGGAUGUUUAUUAA